AUGGACAGCUUUCGGCUGAUGUACAAUGUAGAGGGCAAUGAUCUUCUCUAUUCCCUUCUUCAUGCCACUUGGAUGCGGUCCAACAGAGCAGCAAUGAGCCUGCAUGCUUCGUCUGUGAAUUUGACUCAGGCGCCGCCGCUUACCGAUCGGGAUCCUGGGCUGGUGUAUGUUAUUUGCCCAAGCUGGGCAAUGUUACUUUCGUUGAGUAUGUUCACGAGUGCACCUACUACCUACCAGGCGUUGGAAUUUGCUUACCAGUCUCAUGCCAUCUGCUGUGAUGGCGCUGCUUUCAGGGGUCUACCAGUGAUAAUCGGUCUUGAUUUUGCAACUUCCAGCUGGUAA